AAAGCGCUUGUACUCUCGAUAUCUCACAGACAAACGUUUUUUAGCCAUGAGCUGCAUUCCACUUCUUUCUGGAUUUUUAUCUUUGCGGGGAUGAGAUGUUUCCAAAUGCGAUAGCGUUGGUGUAUUUUCUGGCUCUGCAUUUACGGAGCUGUGCAGCUGAUUUGUGCAACUGGACUGGAAGCGGUUUUGCAGCUGGUGUGGACUCCAGGAUCGUACUCCAGGUGCGCCUGCGCUGCACAGAGGGCUCGGUGAGGUGGGUCUACCCGGGCCAGGCACUCAGGGUGGUUCUAGAGCCCAAUCUGUCCUCCAACCUGCGCACUACUGUCUGCAUCAAACCAUCUCCCUCUUUCCGCGGAGCCAGCGUGUUCAUUGAGCGGGCCGGGGAGCUGGAGCUGCUGGUGACGGAUGGCGAGAGGCCGCAGCAAGUGUUCUGUUUCCGGGCAGAUGGACCGCACAGGCCCGCUAUCUAUCUCCAAGCCAACCUGCAGAGUGAUGGACACUGGAGAAGACGCACGAUGGGCUUCAGAUAUGAGCUGCUGGGCAACAGGAGUGCUGCGCCUAACUUGGGCCAUAGCGGGCUGCAGACUUCUUGUCGACCCUGCAAUGAUACAGAACUCCUGAUGGCCAUCUGCAACAGUGACUUUGUGGUCCGAGGCUACAUCAAGAAUAUCUCCCACAGUUCUGAAAGCCAGACAUCGUUGGUGGAGGUGUCAGCGGUGAGGGUGUACUGGCAGCGUAGUCGAGUGUUUGAGCAACAAGUGGCUCCGGGGUCAUCUCAGUCCCUCUCUUCUUGGCACGGACGCAUCCAUGCACUCCUACAGUGCCACGUGAAGCCUGGGGAUGGAGAGUUUCUUUUCACUGGGGCGGAACACUUCGGGGAAGCUUGGUUAGGGUGUGCCCCGCGAUACAAAGACUUCCUGUCUGUCUACCAGACUGCCCGGGCAGCACAUCGGAAUUCCUGUGACUUCCCUUUAGACUGAGGAAGUGUGUUGUUUAAACACUACUAGGCCCAACAGUCUUUAUCCACAGGACUUCUCACCCCUGUACUGGCACUGUGGGAUCCCUGUAAUGUUUUAAUAUGCCAUCAAGGUGGCAUCCAGUAUCACCAGCAGGGACAAAGCUACUGAAUUUCUGAUGAAAACCACAUUCAGGGGAGCACAACAGGGACGAACAGCAGGGGCCUCCUGCAGUGAGGCGAAGAGAGAGCCAGUCUUUGUCUCUUUCCCAUCACUGCCCUCAGUCCUGGAGACUAAGAAGGGGUUGGGUUGCUGCUCUCUCUUUGUGCUUCUCCCCACAUCGACUGUUGUUCACUUUGCUGGCUCUGUGUGACAGUUGCCCUCUGAACUGAGGUGGGAGGGAAGACUGAAGGACCACUAUUAGUAAUCACCAGUUUGUCUUAGUGAAUAGGCUUGAACAUAUAUGACUGUGGAGUUAUUUUUA